UACGACAUCAGGUCCCUCUUUGACCCCCUCCAGGUAAAGAAAAAGGAAAGUGCACGCGUUAUUCGCUGGUCGAGCCACAGAUUCCUAGACUGUAAUUCCAUAAAGCAGCGCGACCUGUGAAUUCGUGUUUUUGGGACCAAUUUAAGAGAUACCAACAGCAACAAAAUGCCGACUGAAUAUAUAGAUGGACAUCCAGAUAGAUGUGAAGAUUUCUUUGAGGGAAAAACUAUCCUCAUUACUGGAGGUACUGGUUUUAUGGGCAAAGUCCUGGUUGAGAAACUCCUGAGAGCCUGCCCUAAAGUGAAAAAGGUUAUACUGCUGAUGAGAGACAAGAAAGGCAAGAGUCCAGAACAGAGAUUAAAGGAUAUUUUUGCAGGACCGUUAUUUGAUAUGCUGAAGAAAGAAUGUGGUCCAGAUCAGCUUAAGAAAGUUGUGCCUUGUAAAGGAGAUGUCUCUGAGCAAGAAUUGGCCCUAAAGAAGGAAGAUAGGGCUUGGUUAUGCGAGGAAGUAGAAAUCGUCUUCCACUGUGCAGCCACCAUAAGAUUCGACGAAGGACUUAAGAAAGCCGUACUUUUGAAUGUUAGGGGUACGAAGCUGAUGCUAGAGCUAGCCAAGGGAAUGAAAAAGUUGUUGGUUUUCGUUCAUCUUUCCACUGCCUACUGUCAUCUGAAUGAGAGGGUGCUCUACGAGAAGCCUUACCCUCCACCAGCAAGUCCACAUCACGUAAUCCAAUGUUGCGAAUGGAUGAGCGACGACAUUUUGGACUCUAUCACACCAAAGAUUCUCGGAAACAUUCCCAAUACCUAUGCAUUCACCAAGGCAUUGGCCGAAUCACUAGUAUGCGAUGAGAUGGACAACUUACCAGUUGUAGUCCUUAGACCAUCAAUAGUUCUUCCUAUCUGGUUGGAACCUAUACCUGGAUGGACUGACAACAUCAACGGACCAACUGGUCUUCUUAUCGGGGCAGGAAAAGGUGUAAUAAGGACUAUGUGGUGUAAUGGAGAUGGUUAUGCUGACUAUGUACCAGUAGAUAUUGCAGUAAACUGCAUGCUUGCCAGUACAUACGACUGCGUGUACUUCAAGCAACGAAGGAUAUACAAUGUGACCAGUUCUGCAGAGUACAAAAUUUCAUAUGAGGAAAUCAUAAACCUAGGUAGAAAGAUCGUUGAGACCAAGAUUCCACUCAACGGAGUGGCUUGGUACCCAGGAGGCUCGAUGAAGAAGUCCAGGACAUACCACAGAAUCUGCUUCUUCUUGUAUCAUUUGGUCCCAGCAGUGUUCGUAGAUGCCUUACUCGUUUUACUAGGAUACAAGCCAGUGUUGAUGAGGGUCCAAAGACGAAUUGCCAAAGGAUUUGAAGUGUUCGAGUAUUACGCAAAUAACCAAUGGGACUUUCACAAUGAGGAUUCAAUGGAGGCGAGGAAACUGCUCAAUCCCACAGAGAAAAAGAAGUACAAACUUGACGGUGAUGGUAUGAAUUAUGAGGAAUAUUUCACCAAUUGUAUACAUGCCGCCAGACUGUAUAUCUUGAAUGAGACAGAUGAUCAGCUUCCAGCAGCUAGGCGACACAUGAAAGUGAUGUGGUGCGUGGAUAAAUUAUGCAAGUCCCUGAUAAUUUUUGGUUUCAUGUAUCUAUUGUACAAAUAUCUACUCCUCCCUAUUUUUACAUGAUUUUUUUGCUCAACAGGAUAAUAUUCGAUGAAGAAAUAUGUUUAUUAGAUAUAAAUAUAAAUUUUGUAUGACUGUGAAAGAGAACAUUAUGUUGAAUGUAUAAGAUUUAUUGUUAUUGUAUUGUAUUAUUAUUUUCCAAUAGAAUUUAGUUUUAA